AGGUCAAUAAAGAAAGGCUGGUUUGCGUUUCACCAACGUGAAUUUCUCCCAUUAGGUUUGUGUUACUUAAUAACCAGUAGCUAUCCAACCAUUAACCCGUAAUUAUUAGAAAACUUUCACCCUAUAGAAUGAUAUGAUUAACAGUUGUUCCAGGAAUCGGGCUAAGUCCUUGAUAGUCAUUGUAGAAUCGUAAAUUUGUAAACAUUUUCUAAAGAGUUCUCGACGAAUCGGUAUGAGAAGUAGCACAGUUGUUCAUGCAGAGGUUUCUUUGUCCUGGCACUAAUCUGGUAGAUAUUUCUCACCAACGUGUAUUCCUCUAAUUGGAUUGGCUUUGCUUGCGAUCGCUUCUUUGUUGUCACAAGUGCCAAGGAAUGUAACCCAUGAUUAUUGAAAACAAACUUUUCCUACAGUACAUUCGCCACUUCUUAGUAGAUUUUGCGGAUCUUAUGAUAUUGGAACCUUCACUGCUUGGGCCAACUCUUUCUAAGUCAGUUCGUAUUCAUCCUUCGAAGAAAGAUGUUCGGAAAACUUCGCUUAUCGUGGUGUCGAAUGAACCUCUGGUUCUCGUCGAGGGUUGUUAAAAUUGUCUCUUGCUGUUUCAAAGGACAACCUGCUGGUGAUUGUUUCUGGUUGUUGGACGUAUUGUUGCUUUUAGCAGGUAUCCGAAGUGAAUCGACAUUGAAUUGGGCCAACGAGCGGAAGAUUCGCAGUAUCAUCAACUGCCUGUAUGCUUAUCAUUCCUUUGUAUUAAUUUUUCAACUGUAUACUUCUUUGAGCACAAAAUUUGACGACACAUCGUUGGUCGUUUUCGACAUGGUAAAAGUGGCAGUUACACUUCUAUCAGGUAUGAGAAUAUUGUCGAUAGCGCUUCUCCGGGAGCCGAUUGCGUCUCUGAGAAACUUCGUCACCAGCAAUCGUUUGAAUUCCGGAGACGCAGUCUUCGAUGAACUCGAACGGAGGAGGUUUAACAAAUUCAGCCGAGCUGCUCUACUCGUUAUAUACGGCGCGACAGUCUUGGACACAAUUCUGUUGUCUGUACCAAAUUCAUCGAAGGAUAGCGUUCUAGAGCUACCCCCUCAAUUGGUUUCGACAGGAAAAUAUGCGUCAAAUACUUUGUACUUUUUAUUCGUUGGACUUGUGGGACUCUCCAUAAUUCCAAAAAUGUUCAGUGCACUAUCCUGUAGCCAAGUUCUGCUCGUGGGAAUGCGAUGGAAGUUUAAGAUGUUGGUCCAUCGUUAUGAAUCAAUUGUAAAUCUGAGGUUUUUGGAUGUAGACGAUUACUAUGAACGUAUAGAGUGCAAAGUGCUAGAAGCUGUGGAACAACAGUUGGAAUUUUGGAGUUAUCUACAGAUCUUGAAGGAUUUAGUUGCGAAGCAAUUCUUCCUGGUCCACUACUUCUCGGUCGGUGCUAUCGGAUCUAUGCUGUAUGUUUCCCGUGAUAUCGGCUUAAACAUAUUGUCUGUCGCUAUUUUCGCAUCUACGUUGGUGAUGAUGCUGGAAUACUUUCUGUGGUGCCAUCUGGUUGAUUCGCUGGAAGAUGUGGCUGACUCUGUUGGAAGUCGUAUUUUCGAGCUUUGCGCCAAGAUUCCCUACUCUCCGAAGUAUCGUUCUCGGUACAGGAAACUGCAAGCAUCACUUAUGAUCACCUGGAUCGUGGCUCGCAAUGGCAUAUCAAUGAAUUGUUUGGGACUGUUCAAAAUUUCAACGAUUGCUUUUGUCGGCUUUGUUAACACUGCUUAUUCGGUGUUGAUGUUUCUGAUAAAUAUGCAUUGAACGUUAUUUGAAUCGAAUUUUAUUUGGAAAUAUGAUUGUAAUGGAUUGUGCUUAGUCAAUAGAGCAUUACCAAGUAACCACUAUCCCGCUAAUUCGCCUUUCUGGCCUUAUAGGGCUAUUAUACGGCUAAUAUAGGGCAUGUAAGCUGUAUAAUAGUACUAUAUUGGCACGGAGGGCGAAUUAGAGUGCUAAUUGGUUACUUGGGUUGUUAGCAAAAUUGUUGUGAAAUAAAUGUUGUAAUAUUUUUUGAAUAGUUUUGUCUAUAUGUAAUUCCAAAUUUGACUCAU